CCUUUGAAAAAAAAAAGCUCAAAAUAUAAGAGGACGACUUUGAAAAUAAAAGGUAUCCUUUAAACAAAAAAACAGAAAAGACUAGGAAAAUUAUCUCAAGUUUUUAAGAGCAAAUAAGCAAUGGAAGAAGAUGGGCAUGAAAAGCAGCAAUGGCAAGGACAAGGGGGAAAAGCAAUAGUAAUGUUGAUAAGUGGAACAUUGAUUUACUACCAUUGUACUUUCCGUAACUCUACUUUUCUCUCCCUUCUCUCCGAUGUCUUCCUUGUCAUCCUUUGCUCUCUCGCCAUUCUCGGCCUCCUCUUUCGCCACUUCAAUAUUUCGGUUCCCGUGGAUCCAUUAGAGUGGCAGAUUUCCCAAGACACUGCAAAUGGGGUUUUCGCGUGUUUGGCCAAUACAGUUGGGGCCGCUGAGUCUGUUCUUCGUGUCGCUGCGGCGGGUCAUGAUAAGAAGCUCUUUAUUAGGGUGGUUGUCAGUCUCUACCUUUUAUCAGUUCUUGGAAGGCUGGUUUCUGGGGUUACAGUUGCUUAUGCUGGUUUGUGUUUAAUUUGUCUCUACAUGUUUGUCGAGAGCUCACUGCCUCUCAGCAGUCGACUUUCUCAAUAUCUGUCGAGAAGAGAGAAUGCUGGAGAGAUCCAGGAUUAGUACACAGCAAACUGAUCCUCGGCUAUAAUCGUACAUGAAGAAAAUCAAAUUAUAAUUAUCAAUUAUUCAGGUGUACAAAUUCUAAUUGUCCUCGAUCGUAAUCACAAUUUUGAUUGAUUAAUAGAUCCAAAGCAAGAACUCUAGAUAUUUGAUCAUCUGAUUGCUCAAUGUUAGCACGAGUUUGCAAUUUUGCUUCUUCAAUUUCACGUUCUUUGUUCUUACGGCCAGAAACUUGAAAACGGCAUGUCCUCCUUUGAUUUCAAUAAUCAAUUCUUGUGCGCUAGCUAGAUCAUAGCUUAGUGAGUCGUUAAGAAUGUUGGAAAUCCAAGUUAGACCCCUUCAUCAUUGCUUGCUAAGAGCUCUUGUAUCCAGCUUUCAUCUCAGCCUUGUGAGCAGCCCUUCUGGUUCGUAUUGUACGAGUGAUGGAGUUUCUUGUUAUAUUCCUGUUAUACAAUAUUUGCCUAAAUUUUUAAUUUGUUUUAAACGACUUGAAAUUAUACCAAACUUCAAUCAAACUUAAACUUUCACCAAACUAAGCCCUAAUCGAAAUUUUAAACAAAUACGACACAUAAUCAACUCGACUUAAACGUACUAGAUUGAUUUUGACCCGAAUC